GAGGAGAGCCCAUUUGGCUCUGGAAAGCUCGUUGUGACAGGUCUCUAUUGGUGCGCCUGUGUGGUCCAGUGUGAGAAACCUGCUUUGUGAUUUGUGAGUGUGCGUGAGUGUAUACGCAGACUGGCCUCCCUUGCUGCUCAGUCGCUGGACGGUAUCCUGGAGAGUUAGUAGCAGGAUGAAGACUCAGAAAUGUGCUGGACUUCACAUGUUGUUACUCCUGUAUGUCAGACUGAUGCUGGCCGUGGACGCCUACAGACCCCAGAGAGACAUAAACCAGGAGAGGUGGGAACAGGAACUAAGAGAAGCUGGGAGUCUGGAUGAGCUUCUGAUGUUGACUGAGUACCCGGACUGGAAGCUGUGGAGAUGCAGGCUCAAGCUGAAGCACUUUGAAUAUGCCACUCCUCCUGAGAACCGCAGGUCAACUCGCUAUGCAGCCGCUUCGUUCAGCCCACAGAUGCUAAAAGAUAUUGAUGACGAAUGGCAGAAAACACAGUGUAUGCCCAGAGAGACGUGUGUAGAUGUGGCAAAAGAGCUGGGCACCAAUACAGCCGUGUUCUUUAAGCCCCCGUGCGUCUCUGUCUUCAGGUGUGGUGGCUGCUGCAACAAAGAGGGAGUUACCUGCCGUAAUACAAGCGUGACUUAUGUCAAUAAAACUAUUUUGAGUGUGAGUCUGGCUCCAUAUAAAACUGGACCAGAGCCCGUGCUGGUGAAAAUAGCCAAUCACACCGAGUGUAUGUGCCAGGAACAUUCGCUGAUCCGCAGACAUGUUCGUGAGAAGCACAAGAAGAGUUGCUCUCCUACACGUAAGCCAGAAGACAAGAGGCUGUGCAACAAAGGUUUAAUAUGGGACUGGAUGGCAGAGCGAUGCGUGACGUACCCCUCCAGUAAACAAGAGCCUCUGUCUUCUGUCAGUGAGGAGGACUGCGAGAUUGAUGUAGAGCGAUGUGAAUGUAUUCCAAAAGUAUGGACACACAGAUUACACCAAACGUGACACAAUUCAACAAAUCUUCUGAAGCUGCAAGAGAGAAAACAACGAUGAACACAACGCCCUGACAAUCUGCAAGUGCCGAGUGCAGAGACUGCAAAACACCAUUUAAUUUAUCUCUCUAUUUAUAUCAAAUAAAAUACUUUUAUUAACAUUUAUUUACACAACCAUCGGUAACAUGGCAGCGAUAGCUUUCUAAAUAUAAAAACAAUGCUGCUUUUCUGUUUGAACACAUGAAAAAUGAUAUCUGAGGUAAAUGUGUCCUUUGCACUGAAGACAACGUUUCACCCUAAAGAAUGUCUGUGGAAUUUCUUAGAUAUAAUUUACAGCUAAAAUAAUUAUAUUUAAGUAUAAAUUAUAAUUUUUCAAAAUGUUCCCUGGUGGGCUAAUAGGGUCUAUAUGGGUUCACAUCAUGUUUCCAUGGCACAAGAGGACUACAUGCAGGAUGGUGUAGCUACAUACAAAAGGACUUCAUUACUCCACAUGCAUUAAGAAAAUGGCCAGGCCUCUGUUUAAAUCGAUGUGUUCACAACUGAGCAUGCUGCCAACAAUAAAACAAAUUAUGUAUUGGAGAUGAAAGCUGUUCAAAUAAAAAACGGCAAAUUUAUAAAAAAA